AUGGCGACGUUUAAAUCAAUAUACGAAGACUCACUCAAGGGGAAAGGAGGAAAUAUCGGACUUGAGAGAGUUUUGGGGAGAGUAUUUGAUGAAUUGAUAUCAGAAUUUAAGGCCAAGUUUAUUAAAAAAAUAUCCUUCCUUAUUCACGAAGUGAAGCAUAGUGGUUCCUCUUUGGAAGUUGCCAAAGGGGGGGCCCACUAUAAACGGGAGAAAUAUGAAAGCAGACAGAAGGAGCGGGAGGGAGGAAAAACACACACUUCUGAUACAUUGAGCGUUUACUUAAGCAGCUUCACAGAUUCAAAGAGGAAGAGUUUGUUCGAAAAAAUAAAGAAAGAGAUUGACGUCCAGGGGGCCGACCAUGUCACCGAGAGGACACUCGACAGGAAGAGAUUGAUCACAAACGGAUUCACCACUUUAGGGGAACGAAAGAUAUACGACGCGAACGAAAAAGUGAAACUUGAGGAUCACGGGAAGAAAAAAAUCGACGAGGUGAGUCUGCUGGAUAGGAAGAAUAGCACAGUGAGUAGCGCACGAAAUGAGCUCUCCGAUAUGCAUAGCGAAGCGGGGAGUCGAAAGUCGGGCAGGAGUGCGCGCACGAGGGACGCAGCUGGGGAUGGGGACGCCAAGGGGUUUGAGCAGUUGGGGAAGUUCGACGGGGUCGAGAAGCGGAAAAGAUUGGAGGCGUCGGAUCAGCUGAGCAUGUCGGACAUGUCUGAGAGGUCUCACAAGUCGCGCACCUCACACAAGUCAAGGACGUCACGGGUGUCUCGUGCUUCCCGCGCGUCGUGCACUUCUCGUACAUCGCGCAAGAGCAACCGUCCCAGGGAAGACCUUUGCACGCCAAACGAAGAGAGCAACAAAAGUCAGAAAAGUGAGAAAAAUGAGAAAUGUGAGAAAGAUGCUUACGCGAACAUCAUCAGUAAGUACACCGUUAAACGGUUGUUCUCUAAUAGACUGUACACCGAUGAGCUGAGUGACACCCAUUGUGGCAGUGAUGAACGGAGAGCAGACACAGUUCGCAGUGUCCACAUGGACAAAGCGAGGAGAUACAGGCACGCGGAAGGUGGCGGCGAUGCAAGUGGAAGCGCUGUAAGGGGGGAGGCCCCAUCAAACAUAAGUAAAGAAUGGACGAACCGGGAGGACAAAAAUUACAAAAUUGUGAAGAGAGAUUUUGACGAGCGUUCGAAGAGGAGUGCCAAAUCGAAGGCGAACUCGUUGGGGACGGGAGAUGACCCUCUUGAGUUCCUCAUCGCAGCAGAGGCUAAGGAAAGGAAAAAAUUGCAGGAGACAAGGGGAAGGUCAAAUGGGAGCGUCAAUAUGCAGGACAAACUGGAGGUGAAAUCGCACAAGGGGGAGCCUAGCAACGUCGAAAAAAGUGAGCAGUUAUUUUAUGAAGUCAUUAGAGGGAAAAGACGUAAACAUCUUAAAGGCUUCGAAUGCGAAGAUUGCAAAUCGUUUUAUGAGGAACUCUGUUGGGAUGACUCCGAUGGGGGGAAAAAGUACAAACGGGGUGCGAAACACCGACCAUGUGACAGGCACGGAGCCAGCAAACCUGCCCAGAACGGACUUCUACAUAAAAAGGAGGACAGAGGAAAUAAGCCUGCAGGAGACAAUUACACAAGUCGCCUUAGCGAAUAUGUCAAUGGGAACUACACGAGUGGCACACAACCCCAUUCGGUUAAGUCAUUUGGCGACUUGGCGUCGAUAAGGAGCGCAAGAUAUUUGAAGAGUGCUGAGCAAAGUGUCGACAUGGGCUCCGGGAAGUACGCGGAAAAGUGCAUUGACAAGUUUAUGGCUAAGUUUGGGGUGAAGGAAGAGGAUAACGACAGCUUGGUUAAGAUGGACCAAGUGCAGGAGGAGGAGUUUUACGAAGUCGAGGCGGAAGAGGCGGAAGGGGCGGAAGGGGCGGAAGAGGCCGAAGAGACGGAAGACGCCAAAGAGAGACGGAAAGAAGAUAAGAAAAAAAAACUAAUUCAGUCUUUUUCGCGCCACAGGUAUCAUAGCAAAGUUAAUGAUUCGCCAAAAAAUUUCUGGAGCUUCGAUUUUUUUAAAUAA